AUGUCGAAGACAGUAGAGUUGGUGCUACUUAUUGCGCUAGCAGGAAUAGUUACGGCAGAUGCUGCCUCUAACAACGUCACCGACGGCCCGCACAGCUGCGGGGGCGUUGAAGUCCCCUACCCGUUCGGCAUCGUCGACGACACCGGCAAUGGCAACUUCCGCCAUGGCGAGGAGGGGUUCCGUGUCGCCUGUGAGGCCGGCAAGCCGGUAUUCCCCCUCAUCGGCGAUAGAAAAUCCGUCCCGAUGGGCAAUUUCUCCAUCAAGACGUCGGAGGUUACCGUGUGGCUGCCUGUAAGGUGGCAGUGCUACAACCCCUCCGGUAAUCUGAACGGGUCAUCGGACUACUGGAACAUAAAUUUCAACAACAAGCGCGUGUAUCGCCUCUCCAGCACACACAACUCCUUCUUUAUACUCGGCUGCAACACCCUGGGCUAUCUCUGGAGCAUGCUGGCCGACGACAGCGCCUACAACCAGCUCAUCGGCUGCACGGGCUAUUGCAGAAACAACCAGAGCGCGGUGGACGGCGUCUGCCAUGGCGUAGGCUGCUGCGAGACUUCCAUCCCGCGGGGCCUCAUUGACAACAAGCUAUACUUUAUCCGCAUCUUCGACGAUGUCAAUGUCAGCUCGAUCAGCUUCAGCCCCUGCGAUUACGCGUUUGUGGUGCAGAAGGGCUACUACACCUUCCAAACCGCCGACCUGAACAUGAACCUGCACCAGGCCCCGCGGUCCAUGCCGGUGAGGCUCGACUGGGCUAUCCGUGACAGCCCCACGUGCGAGGAGGCCAUGAAGAACAAGGGAAAUUACGCCUGCAUAAGCUCCAACAGCAACUGCCUCAAUUCCACCAAUGGACCUGGAUACAUCUGCAACUGCAGCGGCGGCUACCAGGGCAAUCCCUAUACUGAAUAUGGUUGUACCGAUAUCAAUGAGUGUGACGACCCUGAUGCUUGCGGGGGAACCUGCGAGAACACGCAAGGUUCCUACAAAUGUAGAUGCGACAAGGGCACACACAGUGUUAAUCCGUACACAACGCCGUGCGUGCCAAAUUUGACACGGAAACAGAAGAUCGCCAUAGGUGCAUCAGUUGUGGUAGUAGUUAGUGUCUUCAUCAUAAUAGUUAUCGCAUUCUUCUGGAUUCUUGCCAAAGAGAAAAGAAAGAUGAAAAAACUUUUUCAAAAGAAUGGUGGACCAACAUUGGAAAAGCUUAAUAAUAUAAAGCUAUUCACAAAGGAAGAUAUCAAGAAAAUUCGGAAAACUAGCACAUACAUUGGAAAAGGUGCCUUCGGUAGUGUUUACAGUGGGCGCAUCGAGGACAGUAAUCAAGCAGUUGCAGUGAAGGAGCCCAUCAAUGGUACUUCGGCGGACAAGGGUCAGUUUGUAAAUGAGAUCAUCAUUCAGUCUCGAGUUAUCCACAGGAACAUUGUCAAGCUCGUAGGCUGUUGCUUAGAAGUUGACAUUCCAAUCUUGGUCUAUGAGUUUAUUCGCAAUGGCAGCCUGGAUGAUAUUCUCCAUGGUGGCAGGAAGGUGCCUCUCAGUAUGGGUCUCCGUCUAAAAAUUGCUGCAGAAUCAGCAGAAGGUCUAGCUUAUAUGCAUUCGAAAGCAAAUACCACAAUCCUUCAUGGUGAUGUUAAACCUGCUAAUAUACUUUUAACCGAUGAUUUUGUACCGAAGAUCUCAGAUUUUGGUAUAUCUAGGUUAAUUGCCACAGAUCUGCAACACACUGCACAUGUUAUUGGUGAUAUGAGUUAUAUGGAUCCCGUAUAUUUUCAAACAGGUCUACUCACAAAAAAGAGUGAUGUCUACAGUUUUGGAGUCUUGCUGUUGGAGCUCAUUACAAGAAAUAAGGCCUCGCAUUCUGACAACAACAGUUUACUCAGGAAUUUUCUUGAUGCUUAUACAAAGCACAAAUCUGUCACGGAGCUCGUAGACAAGGAACUUGUAGAGUUAGAUGAUCCGGAGCUUAUUCAAAGUUUGACAGUGAUGAUUAACCAAUGUGUAAAUCUCGAUGUCAAUCAGAGGCCUGAGAUGACAGAUGUAGAAGAGCGUCUUCAUGAAAUGUUAAGGAGGUAUGAUAGUAAAUAA